UUUAGGUAGAUUUGUAGGUCUUGGUGUUCUUUUUCAGUAACACCUGAAAUAUUUUUUCAAGCUCCUUUUUGGGGGAAUCACAGCUAUUUUUUAUUGUUUUUUUUCUGCUUUACUAUUGCAGUUCCUCCUUGCUCUAUUUACUUGCAGGCCACCAAUUUAGAUUGGCUCUUUUAAACUCUCAUGCUGAUCUAUCACUUCAGACUGAUAACUUCUAUAUGAAGUGUCUAUGUUUAUUUUGUAUUAACAGAUGCAAGUAGUAACAGAGUUAAAAACUGAACAAGAUCCAAACUGCUCUGAAACUGAUGCAGAAGGGGUGAGUCCUGCCCCUGUAGAAUCUCAAACUCCAAUGGAUGCAGACAAGCAGGCCAUUUACAGGCACCCACUAUUUCCCUUGUUAGCACUGUUAUUUGAAAAAUGUGAACAAUCUACACAAGGAUCGGAAGGCACGACUUCUGCAAGUUUUGAUGUAGAUAUUGAAAAUUUUGUAAGGAAGCAGGAAAAAGAAGGAAAACCCUUUUUCUGUGAAGAUCCAGAAACUGAUAAUCUGAUGGUAAAAGCAAUCCAAGUUCUUCGUAUUCAUCUGCUUGAGCUAGAAAAGGUUAAUGAGCUUUGCAAAGACUUCUGUAGUCGCUACAUUGCCUGCCUGAAGACAAAAAUGAACAGUGAAACUCUAUUAAGUGGAGAACCUGGAAGUCCUUAUUCACCCGUGCAAUCUCAGCAAAUGCCAAGUGCCAUUGCAGGCACGCUCAGUCCCCAAGGGAUUAUGGUGCCUGCAUCAGCAUUGCAGCAGGGAAACGUAACUAUGGCAACAGUAGCAGGAGGGACAGUGUAUCAGCCUGUCACUGUGGUGACUCCACAAGGCCAAGUGGUGACGCAAGCAUUGUCACCUGGGACUAUUCGAAUCCAGAAUUCUCAGCUUCAGUUGCAAUUAAACCAAGAUCUAGGCAUCUUGCAUCAAGAUGAUGGCUCAUCAAAAAAUAAAAGAGGAGUUCUUCCCAAGCACGCUACAAAUGUGAUGAGAUCUUGGCUAUUUCAGCACAUAGGGCAUCCAUAUCCAACAGAGGAUGAGAAGAAACAGAUUGCAGCACAAACAAAUCUUACACUACUCCAGGUUAACAAUUGGUUUAUCAAUGCUAGAAGACGAAUUCUUCAGCCAAUGCUGGAUUCUAGUUGUUCUGAAACUCCAAAAACGAAGAAGAAAACAGCUCAGAACAGACCGGUUCAGAGGUUCUGGCCUGACUCCAUUGCAUCAGGAGUUGCUCAGCAGCAAUCUAAUGAGCUCGCAAUGUCAGAUGGUGCUGUUGUAACAAUUACAGCUCCGGUAAACAUGAAUGUAGACAGUCUCCAGUCCUUGUCAUCCGAUGGUGCUACACUGGCUGUUCAGCAAGUUAUGAUGGCGGGGCAAAGUGAGGAUGAGUCUGUAGACAGCGGUGAAGACGAUGGAGGAGAUCUCUCAACGACAAAUAUCAGUGGGCUGGUUUUGGAUAACAGCGAUUCUCUGCAGUAGGAAGCAUGAGAGUGUGACACAACAUUUAGAAAAAAGAAUGGACUGACUGACUGUUUUUAUAGUUUGCACAGCAAACAUUUUACACAAGUUUUAUUUCUAAUAUGUUUUAUAUGUAGAUAUAGAAGGGUGCACUUUUUUGUAUUUCAUAGUAAGCUUAAAGAGUGUUUUUGCAGGUGCAGCAACUUCUUUCAAAUGUGUUUUUUUUUCAUUUCAUUUUCUUAUUUCAGAAAAUUUUAUCUAGUAAUAUAAAGAACCACGUAAGCACCCCUUUAUUCUCUGAAUUGGAAGUGCUGCCAUUUCUAAAGAAUUAUGCAGUUUCGAUUAGUGCUGUUAUUUAACACAGCUCUUGAUGGGCAGGUGAUGUAAAUUUAAAGCAUGUGAGGAACUUGAUCGUUAAGUUUGAUGCGUAUAUUUGAAAGAUGCUUCUGCACCUUAAAAACUGCUAGUCUGAGGUGGACAGCAACACACACAAAAAGAAAAAGGUGAUGUGUGAUUCAGUAGCGAAUGUAUGGCAACUUAAAUAAGUUUAGUUUCUCUCAUAGUCCAUGAGCCUGUUUAUCAUUUGCUAUAAAAACUCCUAUUUUUACCUUACUGGGAUUAUUGGAUAAAAAAAUAUUUUAUAAAUUCAUGAGGAAUUGGGAUGACAACUGUAUUAUGCAGGAGUUUAAAAAAAAAAAUUUCCAGAGGGGAAAAAUAAAUGUUUAGUAUUCCUAUUUGGAAGGUCUGAAAACUGACCAAAUUUAAUAAACAAGCCUACACUAGCACUCUAUGAUUCUCAGCUAUCCUACAGUGAUAGAGUAAACAUAUAUUUGAUAAUAGCAUAAGAAGGGCCCAAUGUUUGAUGGGGUUUUGAUAUUGUCAAACGUUGAUUUAUAUUAUGUGUAAUAUUCAAAUUGCAUUAACUCUGCAUCUAGACUUGUAUCUGAAGAUGUUUGCUAAAUGACUAUUCAGGUAAGUAAAUUCAAAUACCCACAGCAUUUCCAGUUAUUGGAGAAAUUUAAAAGUUUAUAGUUUGUAGACCCGAUUCUGAAAAGUUAAAAGUUUGUGUACUGUAUCAUUAUGAAUUUUGCUAUCACUCCAUUGCAUUGAAAAUAUUUUCCCCCACUUCAAAAAGAAAUAAUUCAUGGGUUUAUAUAAAACUUCCUCAAAUCUGAAGGUCACCACCAGAGUACACAGCAGGCUUUAUUAGAGUAGAAGAUGCUUGUAUCUCAUUUAAAAAUGAAGAACUAGCGAUGAAAAUAUGUUUUGUGGUAACAAUUAAUUUCACCCCGUCCCUCUUUCCCCCCUCCAAAGUUUGGAGUCUCUAUUUAUCCAUGGACACUUACUUUUGGAACUUUGUAUUUCGAAUAACAGACUGCAAGUGUCACGGUAUGCUCUAUGUUCUCAUUUUAACCCUGUCCCUUUGUCCCGAUGUUGGGUUGGAUCAAAGCCAGAAAUCUCUUCUCACUAAAACCAAAUCUAGUUGCAUUUCUAAUGUGACAGGGAAAAGGAUGUUAGCUUGCAGAAUCUUCAAGCAUCAUGUUUGAGCAGAACUCUCUGCAAAUAUUUAAUUGAGAACUUUAUUUCUGCUUUCCAAAAUACUCAGGCAUGUGCUUUAGGUCCCAUUGAUUUCUGUGGGAUUAAAGCAUGUACUUUUUUUAUAUGCUUAAAUGCUUGGAUGUAGGUCUUUAAAAACUGCAUUACAAGGCUAGUUUAAAUUGGUAUGGAAAGAAAAAAACUCAGAAAGAAAUGCCAGAAUCACUGGUACACAUACAUGUACAAUAAUACUAGUUUUAAGUGAUCAGUAGCUAUUUUGAAAAAGUGAUGUUGGGACUUAAUCAAUACUAGUGAUGUUUCUGCAAUAGCUUUCAUUUAUUCCUGGCUGAGGAUUUUGCUUCAGAGUUCAAAUCCUGUAAUGAUCUGCUGCAGCUGGAGUAGUAUCUUCUAAACAAUUUUGGUUUUCUUAAGUUCUCUGCUCUGCUGCUUGUGCACCACAUUUGUUAAAGAGCAUAGCAAAUGGCUGACGAAAGAUAGCAUGACUAUCCCAAAAGCUAUUGCCAAAUCCGUUUGAACCCCAAAAUGUUUUACAAGACUGCUAUCGUGUACAAAUCACGCCCCUCUGGAAACGUUCAACCUACUGCUCCUCUAAAGGAUGCCAGAGAUAACUAGAACUGAAAGACACAUUCUGCUGUUCUUGGUUGCUCUGUUUUAACUCCAGAAGCACUUCCCUUUAUGUAACAGGCUAUGCUUUUGGUUUCUGUGAGGGGAUUAUUCAGCUGCCCUUGUUCAUAUUUAGUAAUGGCUCUAAUCUUUGUACUUGUAGCACGUAGGCAGAUGAAUAAAACCUUUCAGUGCGUACAGGGCCGUGGUAAAAUCUGUUCUUCCAGAUUGGCCUAGAAGGAAAUCUGUGCUACAAGAACAAACCAUUUCUCCUUGUCUCCUUCUCCUCCAUGACAAGUUGUUGCUCCUCCAGGUCUACCAGCAGAGCUUUCCCCACCAGCUUCAAGGCAGGCAAGGAAACAGUACAGCAAUGGACCUGGGAGGGCAGUGAUUAGCCAGCAGUGAAAGGAGAAGGGUGAACUAAAGCAGAACUCAGCUUCUUCUUCUUUUUAAUUUUUUAAUGAUUUGGUAUCUGUACAGCUGGCUGGAAUACAUACAGUUUAUCUGCCAUUUUGAACCCAGUUGAAAAUAGGCAUCAGGGCUUGCAAACUUAUGAAAGCUUAUUUUUUCAGAAAGAAAAUGUUACCAGCUUGGCUUCUCCAUUCCUUCCUCCUCCCACACACCUCACUCCUUGCAGUUUUUCUCCUGAGAGUACUGUGACCUUCUCUUUAUAUAAAUACCCGGAAAGUGAAACUGACAGAAGCCCCUAUGAAAGGGAGAACAUAAAAUAGUUCUGUUGUCAAACUAGAAACAGUUAAUUAUUAGAACAAGUAAGGUUUACCGAUAUAAUCAAAGGUAUUACUGAACAUAUGGAACUGGAACUCUGUAUUUUAAUUUGGUGAGAAUUCUGUAGUAGGUACGAGCUGCAUAGAAGUGUGUGGUUUUGUUAUUGUUUUUGGUUUGGGGUUUUUUUUUUGUUUGUUUGUUUUCCCCCCACAAUUUGGGAGGGGGAAAGAAGUUGUGUUCUUCCUUUUUUGAUGUGUAAGAUUGCUGGUUUAAACAAAGCACCGCUAUUCAGGAGAAGUGUAUGUUUACAUUAGACAGUUAUUUACAAAGUCUUUAUAGGGAACCUGACAUUAAACUCAUGUAUAAUUAUCCCCUGUCCCCAGUUUGUAGGCAACAGAAAAGCUCAUGCUCACUUGUUUUGUUUUUUGUGUUUUGUUUUUUAAAUCACUGCUGUUCUUCUGCAGUCGUGACUAUUGAAAUUUAAAUCUUUUCCAAUGUAAUUCAGAUCAUUAAUACAAAACAAGAGGUUUUAGA